CAAUUCCGUUGCAGUGUGGGCGGGACUUUGUGGACGUUUCCUCAUGUAUCAUCAUUUUCCUCCCAUGGACUGACUUGUUUGUGGUCGAGCAAGAUGGAGUUCCUUUUGGGAAAUCCGUACAGUACCCCAGUGGGGCAUUGCAUUGAGAGAGCCACUGAUGGCUCUCUGCAAAGUGAAGACUGGGCUCUCAACAUGGAGAUAUGUGACAUCAUCAAUGAAACAGAGGAUGGGCCAAAGGAUGCCAUUAGAGCAGUGAAGAAGAGGCUGAAUGGCAAUAGGAACUAUAGGGAGGUGAUGUUGGCUUUAACGGUCCUUGAGACGUGUGUGAAGAACUGUGGCCAUCGUUUUCAUGCUUUGGUCACUAGCAGGGACUUUGUUGAUGGCGUCCUUGUUAAAAUCAUCUCCCCUAAAAACAACCCACCUUCAAUCGUUCAAGAUAAAGUACUCGCCCUGAUUCAGGCAUGGGCUGAUGCAUUCAGGAGCAUUCCAGACCUUACAGGCGUGGUCCAGAUCUAUGAGGAGCUAAAGAGGAAAGGCAUUGAGUUCCCCAUGUCAGAACUGGAGACCCUGUCCCCUAUACACACACCUCAGCGGGCAGCUUCUGCUCCAGAGGGCGACUCCACCCUACAUAAGUACAGCACUACUACUCCUACUGCUACUACUACUCAGCCCACACCACAGGCCCUCCCACCAGCUUACACCACUCCUCAGGUCCCUAAUAUCCAUCCAUCUGGAUCCAUCAAUCCCACACCUGAACAGAUUUGCCGGCUGCGUAGCGAGUUGGAUAUUGUUCGUGGAAACACUAAGGUGAUGUCAGAGAUGUUGACUGAGAUGGUCCCAGGACAGGAGGAUGCUUCAGACUAUGAGUUACUUCAGGAGCUGAACAGGACUUGUAGAGCCAUGCAGCAGAGGAUAGUGGAGCUCAUCUCCUGUGUUUCCAAUGAGGCUGUGACUGAGGAGUUGCUGCAUGUCAAUGAUGACCUCAAUAACAUUUUCCUACGCUAUGAAAGGUAUGAGAGGUUCAGAUCUGGGAGGUCCUCCGCUCAGAGUGUCAACAAUGGGGUCCUGAGCGAGGCUACAGACGACAACCUCAUAGACCUCGGCCCAGGCUCCCCAGCAGUGGUCAGCAACAUGACAAACGCAGCCCCAACCAGCUUGCCCCACACCAUCACUGCCCCAGCGGGAAGGCCCUCCUCCCCAGCCACUUUGGCCUCCCGCCUGGCUGGUCUUGACAUGGGUGCAGACAGUGUGAGCAGUACCCUGAGCGCUCUAUCUAGCUGUAAGCCUCCACCUUCCCAGGAUGACUUUGAUGUGUUUGCUCAAACCAGGACUGGAGCUCUGUCUGAACCACACAAGAGCUCUACAGCAGAAGAUGGCAAUGCCAGUGGCGGCCCUCCUCCCACUCUGGAUGUCCUACAGCCAACUGCAGGAGCGGGUGUUGGAGGUCAGUCCUCUGUCAUGGAUGACAUAGAGGAGUGGCUGUGUACUGAUGUGCAAGGAGAUGAAGGUGAGGAAGGCGUGACCAGUGAAGAGUUCGACAAGUUCCUUGAGGAGAGAGCCAAAGCUGCAGAAAUGGUCCCCAGCCUACCGUCGCCCCCUAGUGGCGACCCAGGUGUGGCGCAGGGAACCCCCAGCCGCAAGAAGCCAGACAGGCCGGAGGACACUUUGCUCGCCAUGUAGACCUGACCUCUGAUCCCCAGCCUAAGACCCAAACAGCCCAGCAGCAUCACCUGAGGACAGACUGACAUGACACUAAAACACAUCCACCUCCGUUCUGAUCCAUCACAACACUAUUCAGUUACACUACAGAGAUUUGUACAUGCUGUCCUUUAUGAAAAGGGAAUUAUUCAGGUUCUCUUUUAAAUUCUGACAAGAAAGGGAAACCCAGACAAAUAGCCUAUUUGAUAGGCCACCAGAUGGAUCUCGCCCCCGUGGUGAGCAGAGUCAGAGAUUGUGCCUGCUUUAUCCUUUUUCUUUACAUGUGAAGAAUCUCCUUCCGCCUGCUGUGGACUGCAGAGCUUCAUGUUGCAGCUAAUCCUAAAAAGACCACGUGAAGUGUUAUAAAAAAGGCGUCCUGCUGUCUUCGUCAUUAGUAGGAAAUCAGUUUCUUACCCGAGCCCUUAAAGCAUGCAUUAACACCACCAAACUUGAUCAUUUCAGUAAAAAAAAACAAAAAAAACCCACAACAGCAACAUUAUGGUUGUUAAUGCGGAAAUGGCCGUUGUAGGCAGAAGCAUUGAGCGAGGAUAUUGUUUUGGUGUCUGUAUCAGUUCCAUUGCAAGUCAGUCUAAGUUGAAUUGUAAAUCUGUAAAUGACAAAUGUCAAGUUUAUUAGUCGUGUGUAUAUUUCAGCUACAUAUGUAUGAAAGAGAUGUUGAUUUAAUGUAGAUUUAUAAAAAACAAAAACGGUUCAUAUUCUAGCUGCUCUGACGAUAGGAAAGUACCUCACUGGGGUCAGCGUCUACACAAGAGAAGGGAAUAGUAUACACAUACUUUAAAUGAAGAGAUGAAGAAGAAGGGAUUUUAGUUUUUGCGAUUGGCAUAAUUGCGCACCACACCAAUAAAUAUGUUCUUUUACAGUUGUUUGAGGAUAUGUUGGUGACAAGAGAUUGUUUUGCUGAGAUGUUAUCAGUCUAAAGCUGCUGUCUGAGUUUUUGCAGGUAGUUGGUAGUUAAUUAAUUCCACCUUCUGAAAAGUACUCUAAUUAUUCUCAUUUAUGUAAUCCUCUUUAAACAGAAUGCAGGUUCUUUGUGUCAUAACCGUAAGACAGCAGACACAGACAGCGAGAGCUGGUCGUACUGGUUGCUGAAGAGACACAUGUUGUCAUUGGUGAGUUUUUACUCACUGGCUGUAGGUUCUAACUCCUUUUUUAUUGAGUAGAUUUUUGUUAUAUGCUUACUGUUCUGAAACUGAGUUCAGAGGACCAAAUUUGUGCUUUCUUCUAGAUGUGGAAGGAAAAUUCUUUUGACCUCAAAAUUCGCAGCUUAACAUCCAGGGACGAAAAUGAGAAUUCAAUAUCACAGUGCAAGAAGCCGUUUGCACAUUAUCGUUAUGCAUUUCUCCGUUAUUUCUUUAUGCUGACAUCUCAGAAGGCCCUGACCUUUCAACGUGACAUUUGUUUUCAGAAAUUAGCUGGCUGCAGACACACUGCUACAAAUGAGACGUUGAGCUCCUUUGACAAUAAUAAACGCAACAUGUUACUCAAUCACAACAAGCUUAAAACAUGCCCGCACUUUGACAGCCGCGUUACCUUUUUCAACCUGUACUGUAAAUCACUUAACACUUAACCCAGAUGUAAUUAAUGAGAACUGUUCAUGAAGUGAAAUAUUUGAGUAGAGGUGUAGAAAUAAUUUAUUCAGCACUUUGUUUUUCUUCAGAUCAGUAUUUUAAAUAAUUAUACUGUACGAAAGGAAAUCGGGGAAAUGAACUACGUCUAGGGACAGAAUGAGAAAUUGUCAUAACGGUGUGUGUUUUUAGUGUUUGUGGCUUUUGUUUAUGGAGUUCACAUUUUCCUUUUUAUACAUUGCUGCUGGUUAAUGAUUCUUAUUUGUCAUGGUUAUGUGGAUAUUCUUGUCUGUUGAAUGUGUCCAUACAGUAAAGAUAUGGGCAGAGUUUAUAAGUGCAGUCCACCACUGAUUCAUAGCUGGAAGAGAACACACCCGUUUGCCCAUCUAUCUCAUGAAGGAUACAUUCUUUUUUUAAUAGUUUCACUCACUCAGAGUUUUAUGGACUGACAAGCACAUGACAAAAACAGACAUAAUUAACUUACUUAGGACACUAUCAUCAACAUUGCACAUUUUGAAAGGGAAACCUCUAUUUCUCCUUCCGUUUCCUUGUUUUAGUGUUCGACCGUGUGUGUGUGUGUGUGUGUGUGUGUCAGCUGUUCUGUAACGCAGAAAUCUUUUAUCUCAGUUGAUUUCGGGGGGGCGGGGGGGGGGGAGAGAAAAAAAAAAAAGAAGCCUCCAAAUGUGUGUUUAAAGAAUACAUGUUACUAUCCUGUUUGAUACCGCCCAGGAUCAGCCUGGUUUAUAUCAGUCCCCAAAACUUUGCCUGAGUCACCUCAGAGCUGUUCUUCAGAGGAACAAUACGUUUCCUUGUGCGCCUCUAGAUGAUAUGAGAAGAGAUGCUGAUAAGGGAGGCUGUGCUGUGUGACUGCUCCUUUCCUGAGUUGCCUCAUUUCUUUGUGUUGGUUGACUUGUGCAUGAACUCUAAUAAAACAUUAGCAGUGUGUCCGCA